ACCUAAAAGAGGAGGAGGACUUAAACAAAAUCAACAAAAUAUACCACGGAUGAAACAAAUACCAAUAAAACAAAGACCUGUAAUAAAAGAAGAUCAAAUAAGAGAUGAUCAGAUAAUUGGUGAUCAAGCUAAACAAAUUAUUCAACCAAAAAUACCAAUACCUCGUCAAAUAUCGAUACCUGUAUUAGAACCACAAUUAGAUCGAGGUCCUGAUGAAUUAUGGAGAAAUGUAUUACCAGAAAAUAUAUUGAGACCGCCAGAUGCGAUAGCUUUACAAAGAUAUAGAGAAAUUCAAGUAAAUGAUAAUCGAAUACCACAACAAAUAGUUAUUGAAGAAGAAGAAUUCGAUCAACAAGAUGUUUUAGAUUGUCCUAUUUGUUAUAUAUCAUUAUAUGAAGGUGGAAAUGUUAUACAAUUAUGUAAUAAUCAACAUAUGCCUCAUUAUAUUUAUGAAGAUUGUUGUAUGAGAUGGUAUAGAAUGCCAAAUGUUGCACAAACUUGUAUAGUGUGUUUUCAACCUCUUUUACGUCGUCGAGUAGGAAGAAAUCAUAUAUUACAAAUAAUGAGACAAAAUCAAGAUCAGAGAUUGAAUUUGGAACAAGCUAGGAGAUGA